CGAAAUUCAUUAGGGAAGAACCCAACGACAGCAAGAAUGAGCCCUUCCGCCCAGCACCAGCGGCAGCCUCCCCCCAAGCUCCCCCGCACCGGCCUCGCCGCUUUGCUAACCACCUUCGACACCCCUGGCGAGAUCCAACUCCCCAACGGCAGCCUAAUCCCCAUCAACCCGCCUGCCGGUCCAACCUGGCGCGUCACCUUCCACACCCCUGCAUCUCUCCGCACCCCAAUCACCGAACUCGCCAUCGGAGAAGCCUACGUCAAAGGCAAAAUCACCGUGACCGGCGAUCUGGCCGCUCUCCUCGCCUCCCGCCCUCGGCUCGACGAGAAAGUCCCCAUCCGCCAACGCCUCCGCUUCCUCUGGGACUACUACCUCCGUCCCACCACGAAAAUAAACGAGCAAGCCAUCAGCGACCACUACGGCCGUGGCGACGAUCUGUACCUCAGCUUCAUCGACACGCGCUACCGGUUUUACUCGCACGGGUUGUUCGAGACGGAGCAACAUGCUGGACCAAGGAUGAGUAUCGAGGACGCAUCCGAACGAAAACUCGCUCGGCUGUUCGCGGCGCUGCGGCUCGAGGCAGGAAUGCGCGUGUUGGAUGUUGGGGGAGGAUGGGGUGGAGUGACGCAGUAUUGCGGCGCGAGGGGAGUGCACGUCACCACGUUGACUUUGGCCCCAAACCAGGCGCGGUAUAUCGAAGGGCUGAAGGAGCGGUUGCGGGUGCCGGGGCGCGUGAUUCUGGGCGACUUUUGGGAAUGGGAAAGCGAGAGAGAGUUCGAUGCGGUGGUGCUGCUUGGGGUGAUUGAGCACUUGCCGGCUUAUCGGCGGUUUGCGGGGCGGGCGUGGGAUUUGCUCAAGGUAGGCGGGAGGAUGUAUCUGGAUGGGUCGGCAGCGGUGGAGAAGUUCGCGGUGAGUGCGUUCACAAGGCGCUAUAUCUGGGGCGGCACGCAUACGUAUAUGACGGUGCAGGAUGUGAUGAGCGAGUUGUUAUUGCAUGGGUUCGAGGUGGAAGAGGUGGCGCAGGAGACGAAGGACUAUGGAUGGACGAUGGAAGAGUGGGCGAGGCGGUUGGAUAAAGCCAAGGAUGAGAUUAUAGAGGGAUGGGGUGAAGAGACGUAUCGUGUCUUCCGCCUGUUCCUUUGGGGCGGGGCGCAUGCAUUUGCUGUUAACGCCUUGCAGGCGUAUCAUGUGGUGGCUGAAAAGACGACAUCCAGGGGACCGAGGCCAUCAACUGGGAGAAGAGUUAUACAAUUCUUAGGCAAGCUGAGGUGAAUGCUUCGUAUGAUAGCCCAUUCGGGCUGAUUUAUGUAAAGUCGGGUC